GCUCGGAGGACAGUUACGGCUCCGCCUUGGCUUUAUUAGGAGCGCUGGGAGGCGAGCCAGCCCUGCCGAGGCGCCCAGGCGAGCGAGCGAGCGAACCCCCGGCCCUGCCAACCCAGCUGCACCUCGCCCCACCCUGGCCAUCUCCUGCCCGUCCGAGGGGUGCAGUAGCCGGAGCCCGCCCAGUGAAGCUCGACCAGGCAGUCGGAGCAGCCCCAGCCCAGUUCGGGCACCCAGCAGCGGCGGGCCGGUCCAGCCAGAGCCCAGCGGAGGCAGCGGCACCAGCACCGGCAGCGGCAGCGGCGGCCCCGCUCAGUCCUGAGCCUAGUCCCGAGCCCGACGGCGGCAGCAGCACCAGCAUCAUGCCCGGCGUGGCGGCGGCGCUGCUGGGGCUAUGCGCCUUGGCGCUCUGUGGGCAGCCGGCUCUCUCGCAGACCAUGGGGACAAACACUCCACCAGAGGAUCUCGAUGGUUCUGGUGAUGAUGACGAUGCAUUCUCGGGCUCUGGGGCAGGGGCCUUGCUGGAGACGUCAGUUUUGGACCCGAGACUCAUAUCGAGGAAGACGACAGUGCUCACCACGACCUUGACCGCUGCUCCUGCUGGGCCCACACACACCAGCCCAGGGGAAGCAUCCCCAACUGGACAAGAAACCUCAGGAGAGGCAUCUGUGCUCCUGGCUGGAAGGGGGCCUGAGGCAGAGCCUGCCCCCAACCAUGAGCCCACCCACUCAUCUCCUGCAGUGACACUCCCUCCCACCACCCACCAUCCUUUGACAGUGGGAGUGACCGUGGCCUCAGAUCCUGGUGUGGUGCACCCAAGGGUGUCUGCAACCGAGUCCCCGAGCUCUGGAGAUGAAGGCCCCUCGGCCAGUGUUCCUCCAGGGAACGACCAGACAGACAAUGGCUCAAGUCAGCAUCUAGGAGAGGAGAGCUCAGGAAGUGGGAGUGAUGACUUCACCUUUGCCCCCUCCGGAGAGAAACCUAUCCCGUCACUGGAGGAGAACAAACUUCACCCAGAGGUGUUGGACUCUGAGGCCACAGGAGCCUCGCAGAGCAUCCUGGACCGGAAGGAGGUUUUAGGAGGAGUCAUCGCCGGCGGCCUCGUGGGCCUGCUCUUUGCUGUCUUCCUGGUGGGAUUCAUGCUGUACCGGAUGAAGAAGAAAGAUGAAGGCAGCUAUUCCUUGGAGGAGCCAAAGCAGGCCAAUGGCGGUGCCUACCAGAAGCCUCAGCGGCAGGAAGAGUUCUAUGCUUGAGGGCCUGGCGGCUCCUGGAGAAUGGCGGAUGUUCCUCCCCUUCCCUGGCUGCCUCACCCCCUUGCACACAGACCCUCAACCGUCUCUUCCACUCAGGACUUGGAGCCCGGAGUCUCCCGCACGCCUGGCUGUGUCUCCAGUUUUGGCUCUGGCCUGGUCCACUCUGGACCAGAGCUCAUCAAAGGCCAGAGCAUAGACUCUACAGCCUAGGCUGGGUCUCUAUAUGCCAGCUUGGGGUGGGGUGGGGUGGGGGACAGGAGGGAAGACUUACAUGUGACCUUUCAAAAAGAAUGAGACUUUACUCCCUGGUUCUUCCAACAUUGGCCUUGCCAGCUGGCCUCCCUCCCCUUCCUCAGUCCCGCUCCUCUCCCUUCCUCAGCCCCCCUUCCCUUGCUCUGGCCCCACCCUUGCU